AUGCAAACAGCAGCAGCAGCACCGACAGAGCCCGCAGCCCACGCUGCAGCAGCAGCAGCAGCAGAGGCGGGAGCAGCGCAGCAGGUAGCGUCAGCAGCAACAGCCGCAGCCGCAGCGCCGGCGGAUGCAGCUUCUGCCGCAGCAACAGCAGCAGCAGCAACUGCAGCAGCAGCUGCAGCAAAUACAGCAACAGCAGCAGCAGCAGCAAAUCCGGUGCUGUCUGUUUGCUUCGACCCUCGCCUGCAGCGCCUGCGGGUGGUGGGGCGGCAGCAGCAUCUCAAGGUAACGAGGGACCUUCUAACAGCUAGCCUACGCAUCCAGCAGCAGCAGCAGCAGCAGCAACAGCAGCAGCAGCAACAGCAGCAGCAGCAACAGCAGCAGCAGGGGCAAAAACGGCAGCAGGACGCGCAGGCGACAGUCUCGUCGAGGAGCGAGCAGCAGCAACAUGCCGCAGGAGCGACAGCAGCAGCAGCAACAGCUCCAGCAGCAGCAGCAGCAGCAGCAGCAGCAGCAGCAGCAGAUGAAGCAGGGAAUUUCUGGGAACUCGAUUUAUCUCGCAAUGUCUUGACAGAGUUUGACUGGGGCGUAGCAGCAGCAGCGCUGCAGCAGCACGGCUUCUUCUCGCUUCCCGCAGCAGCACAGCCCCCAGCAGCAGCAGCAGCAGCAGCAGCAGCAGCAGCAGCAGCAGCAGACAAACUCUGGUGUCUGUGUCUCUCAGCUAAUGAACUCACGCGGCUGCCCAGCUUCUUGGGGGGCCCCCCGCUGCAGCAGCUGCGGGAGCUGCGGCUGAACUACAACAAAAUUGCUGCUCUAGAGGACCUAAGCAGCAGCAGCAGCAGCAGCAGCAGCAGCAGCAGCGGGGCCCCCGCAGCAGCAGCAGCAGCAGCAGCAGCAGCAGGGGACUUUGUGGGGUUGCUGCCGCAGCUCGAGGUGUUGGAUUUGAAAUACAACAGAUUAAAAACAAUAAAAGGAUUGAAACAAAUACUCAACAACCACCCGACGCUAAGGACUCUUUCUUUAGGCUGCAACAGAAUCUGCCGCUUCUCAGCAGCAGAUAUGCCGCUGCUGCCUUCGCUCACUUCCUUUUCUUUAUUUGACAAUGCUGUGGGGCCCGAGCAGCAGCAGCAGCAGCAGCAGCAGCAGGGGCAGCAGCAGCAGCAGCAGGAGGAGCAGCAGCAGCAUGAGGCGCUCUUGUCCGUUGUCAACACACUGAACUGUUGUCUACCGAAUCUGGAGGAGCUUUACCUAUUGGGAAACCCAAUUGCAGAUCUUGUGGACCAACUGGGAACGCGCCUUCAGGCGCAUGCAGAAGGUUACUUCAAAAACGCUGCAAAAUGA